AACACCAUGCUUGAAAACCAAAGGCCGGGAUUUAAACCCAAGACUGUCUUGCUGUGGUACAACAGUCCUAACAAACACAUCACUGUGCGACCAGAGUCCUUUCAUGAUCUGAAAUAAUUAAUUCGAUCGCACAGUCCAUAGUCGCAUCAGCAACUCACAUCAGAAGAUAAUGAACUACACUACAACUACUGAACUCUCAAUAAUUGAAAUAUAUAGAAACCACACACAUUUAAUCAGAUUUUCUUUCUUCUCUUGUCUGUGCUGCUUGUAGUCAGAGUCACAAGUGGCUCCUGAUAACAGAAACCUCCCUGGCUGUCCAUGUGCGUCCCAGCUGUGAGGGAAUCGCUCUGUUUUUUUUUUGUUGUUUUUUUUCCUGCUGCACACAAACACGACGUUUUACACACUCUAACCUGAGGAAAUGGGAUUCCUCAUGCUCGAAUCACAGCUGGAUCUGGAGAUGGAGUGGUUUAACACAGAAAAGUAAAAAAAGAAAAGAAAGAAAGACACGGAAACCGUUUUAGACCCCUUUGAUUCUCUCUGAUUCCCAAUAAACUGAAAUUAGCUGCUGACAUCAGAGCCACUGCUUCUGUCCAGACUCCCUUCAUUUGUCAGGCAGGUUGCGUGUCUGUCUGCGGAGCCGAAGUUACUCUUUCAGUUUUACUGCCAUUUUUUUUUUUGUUUUUUUUUUGUUUUAAGCAACUGUGCACCAAAAAAUAGACAACACUUGAGGCACAUUGCCAAUCCAGGGUGUUUGCCUGGAGGGAUGUUAACCGCCUUCUGGGAAUUGAGGCACAUUGAGCGACAGAGAGAGAGAGAGAAAAAGAGAGAAGGGCAAAGACUGUUAACUGCCUUUCCAUACAAGGAGAGGUGAGGGGCGAGUGGGGGAGGAGAAAGAGAGUGAGAGGAGGGUAAUAUGAGGAGAUACAAUGAGAGAGAGAGAAGGUAGGAGGAGAGAAAUCUGGAAGGAGAUAAAGGGAGCCCUCCGAGCGAAAGAGACUGAUGAGGUUGUGCCAGUUACAGUGGAGAGGAAAGUGAGCAGAGCUGAAUCCUCCCUGUGGUUGUGCUGCUGCUUCUCCGACUGACCCAAUGCAGAUGAUGUCUUCAGAGCACCAGGCGUGUGGUUGGCUGCACAAGCUACUCGUUUUGCUGGUGAAGCUUCAUUUCGCGUUUGCCGAGCCUCCGCCACCCCUCAACGGAACGGGCUGCACAGCCAAGGGUCCCGCUUCCUACAUCCUGGUGUUUACAGGUCACUGGAGCCCACAGGCGUUUCCAAAGCAGUAUCCCUUGUUCCGACCCCCAGCACAGUGGUCCAAACUCAUAGCGGCGAGCCACAACCACCACUUCAGGCUCUGGGAGGAGGGCUCUGCAGCCAGUCCCGGGGUGCAGAGCUUUGCUGAAGUUGGGGUGACGGUGGAGCUGAUGAAAGCAGCCAAGGAGGCCCGGAAGAAGCGCACGGUCGGAGUUAUGUACCGGACAGCUGGGAUUCCCAACGGGAUCGGACACAGCUCCACAGAGAUGGUCCUGGUGCCCCGCAACCCACUGCUGUCUUUGAUGGUGAAGAUGAUCCCCAGCCCUGACUGGUUUGUCGGUGUGGACAGUCUCAAUCUUUGUGAGGGUAACCGGUGGAAACAGGAAGUGACCGUCGACCUCCAGCCUUAUGACGCAGGAACGGACAGUGGAUUCACUUUUUCUUCUCCCAACUUUCCCACCAGCCCCCCUGAAAACAUUACAAAGAUCACGUCACAAAUGCCAAACCAUCCAGCCAAUUCCUUCUACUACCCUCGACUAAGGGAGCUUCCCCCUAUUGCCAGCAUAAAGAUUAGCCGACAGCGUCGAACACCAGACCGCCAAACUUCUAUUUCUAAUCACAUUCUGCCAAACUCCAUCAAUCCUCAGCGUUUCUCAGCAACACCUUUGGAUUGCGAAGUCUCCCUCUGGUCCUCUUGGGGUCUGUGUCUUGGUCCCUGCUCCAGACGUGGAGUUCGUCACCGCACACGUUACAUACUUCUGCGGCCGGCAAACGCUGGCAGCCCCUGCCCUGAGCUGGAGGAGCAGGACGAAUGUGUGCCACACAACUGCAUAAAGAAACGGCAGUAAUUGUCAAAGCAGGAGCAUAAAAACAACCAGUGAUAAACAUUGGACUCUCACGCUAUCAGUGCUGGACUGGAAAAACGUUUUACCAUGUUGAGAAUUUGUCAGAUUUCUGAAGUGAAGCAAUAAGAACUCAAUGUGUAUUGUCACAAAAAGAGACGUCUGCAAAUCAGCAGAACUAAGAAAAAACAGAAAUCUCUUGGAAAAAACUGGUUGGUGGACGAAGAGCAAAGAGUUAAAAUGUUAUUUAGUCUGACGUUAUUUUUACAACUGUUAUACAACCUGUGUUUGCCCAAAGGUUGAGCCGUUUUGUAAAAUGUAAAUAAAAGUGAAAUGAAACCAUUUGUAAAUUUCCUCCAAAAAUAUAUGUUUCAUUCAAUAUGACAGAAAUAUGAGUUAAUUUGUGUUGAAACAAAGAAUUUGUGUGACAUUUUUCUUUUUUUUUUUUUUUCAAAUAAAUGUGCAUUUUGUUGUAGCAUUCAUGUCAAUACUAUGUUACAAAAGAUGGGACAAACAUGGGGGAAGAUUUUCUAGUGAACCAAAAUCUAAUUAAAACACGUGAACAAAAAUACCUAAAAGUAUAUUCAUCUCUAAAGCCAAAU